AUGACUACAAAGACCGCAGUAGAUAUGUCAAAAAAGAGGUCAACAAUGAGUAAAUCUCCGACUAAUGCCUAUAGAAGUAAACCUACUUCACCUACUCCAAAAGGUUCUCAAACUCCUAGAAGGUCUCAUACACCAAUAAGUUCUCAUACCCCAAAGAGACCGAGCAGAUUUCGGGAAGCUUCUCCAACCUUAUCUGAAAAAACUGAUCCUGAUUCUGAAAAAAGUUCAUCGAUUAUAUCUCCAAUAGAAGAAAUUGACCAUCAUGGAUCCAUUGAACAAGCAAUAAAAUCAAUAGAAGAACAACUAAAAUUACAACAGCAAAAAUUUGCUAAAAGAUUAUUAUCUAGACAACACAGACCAGUAGAAUAUAGAAAUGAUACUUCUGCUCCUCCUGUGAAAAGCUCCAGCGGUAGGUCAAGGACUGAACCCUUUCCGCAAAUGUCUUAUUCAGGGAAGCCAAUGAAAGUACAAACACUACCUUCGAACUCUCAAACGAAAAAAGUUGCACCAAAAACUGUUGCACAAAUUAAAAAUAUUUGCACUUGUGGCGAUCCUAAUAGUCCUUGGUGUCAUGUUUGCGAACUACGAAGAUUUAAAUCUGCAUUUCCAAAAUGGACUAGCGGUAAUAAGAUAGUUGAUAACUUUAUCAGAGAAACUCAAUUAAAUAGUUCAUCUGAGUUGAAUUAUCUUGAAUGGAUAACAUACGAUCGAUUUAGAGAGAUUAAAGCUAUUGGUGAUGGAACUUAUGCAAAGCUGUCUUCAGCUGUAUGGCUGGAUGGUCCGCGAAUUUUACCUGAUGAAAAAAAGAAAUUUAAGAGAGAAAUUCGGAAAAAAGUUAUUCUAAGAGAACUACACAAUUCUCAACAAAUAACAGAGUCUUUCUUUAUUAAUUCCGAAUUUGCUCUUGCUGAAAACUGGCGCUCUCAUAAAGCUCAUGCUCAAAGUUCUCAGGAAGAAGAAAAAAUACAUCCAUUAGCAUUUUAUAAUAGUCAAGAUUUUGAUUUUAGUGAAUUACAGUCUUCACAAGUGGUGAGAUACGGUUCUCCGGAUGUUGACGUUAAGUGCGAUACGCCACCUUCUGAGACUGAGAACACAUUUGAACCACCACAAUCACCAACCGAAAGCAAUAAAUUGGAUUUAGUUUUGUAUCUUGUUGCCUGGAAAAGUAUUCUCAUGUAG